CCUUCCAGACUCAAGAAAUGAAUUGGGGUCCUCUGUCCGGUACAAUAUCUUCAGGGAUACCAUAAUAACGGAAUACAUGGUUGAAUAGGAGUUCUGCAGUUUGAAGUGCCGUGGGAAGGCCUACAAGGGGUAUGAGAUGACAGAACUUGGAAAAUUGGUCUAUGACGACGAAAAUGCAUGUAUUUCCAUCAGAAGCUGGUAAAUCUGUGAUGAAAUCCACUCCUAGGUGUGACCAAGGGCGGUGAGGUAUGGGUAGUGGAAGAAGUUUACCUGUGGGGAGAUGACGGGAGCUUUUGGAGAUGGCGCAGUCAGGGCAGCCUUGUACGAUCCUUCUCACAUCCCUGGCCAUAUUGGUCCACCAGAAGCGAUCUUGUAGCAGCGAGAGAGUAGCGUUGGCCCCUGGGUGGCCAGUACCAAGGGAGGUAUGAGUGGUUCGGAUUAGAGGGAUGUGUUGAGUUCUCGGGACAUAUUGGUGAUCAGGAGGGCAGCCCAGCGGAUUGGCAGGUGGAGUGGUAGAGGUGACUGGUGGAGAGGUCCAUUGAAUGGGACUGGCGAUGAUCUCGGUGGGUAAAAUCCUUUCCGGUUCUUCAUUAUUGUCUUUGGGGUUAUGGAUGCGGGACAGGGUGUCCGCCUUGAUAUUUUUGGGACCAGGACGAUAGGAGAUUUUGAAUUGGAAUCUGGUGAAGAAUAGUGCCCAUCUAGCUUGUCAAGGGUUUAACCGCUUAGCCUCGCGGAGAUAUUGCAGAUUUUUGUGGUCUGUUAAGACUAAGAAGGGAUGAACAGCCCCCUCCAACCAGUCCCUUCCAAGGCGAGCUUUAUGGCUAGUAGUUCACGGUUGCUGAUGUCGUAAUUUCUCUCCGCCGGGCUGAGUUUCCGGGAGAAGUAGGUGCAUGGAUGGAGUUUGGGAGGCAUCCCCUGUUGCUGAGAAAGAACGGCUCCGACACCUGUAGUAGACGCAUCUACCUCCACUAUAAAGGGUAACUUGGGAUUGGGGUGAACAAGGAGUGGUGCGCUGGUGAAGGCAUGUUUGAGUUUAUUAAAAGCGUCUAGGGCACUAGGAUUCCAGGAGAGUGAUUUAGAUUUACCUUUGAGUAGGUCAGUGAGCGGGCUGGUGAUGGUGCUGUAAUUUGAUAUGAAUCGUCAGUAGAAAUGGGAAAAUCCUAAGAAUCUUUGGAGUUCCUUGAUGCUUGCAGGAAGGGGCCAGGAUGUGAUUGCUUCCACCUUCCCCUUGUCCAUGCGGAUGCCACCACUGUUGAAAAUAUACCCGAGGAAAUGGACUGUGGAUUGGUGGAAGGUGCAUUUCUCUGCCUUGAUAUAUAGAUGGUAUUCUCGUAAACGUUGGAGGACCUCUGCAACGUGUUGGCAAUGUUUGGCCAGGCUCCGGGAGUAGAUGAGGAUGUCGUCUAUGUAAACGAUAGACGGAAAAGCGGUGAAGGAACUCCCGGAGCACCUCAUGCAUGAAUCCUUGGAAGACUGAAGGAGCAUUGACUAACCCAUAUGGCAUUACCCAGUACUCGUAGUGGCUGGUGGGGGUCACGAAGGCGGUCUUCCACUCAUCCCCUUUACAAAUGUGAAUGAGGUUAUAGGCACUGCGGAGGUCCAACUUGGUGAAUAUGGUGGCACCGCGAAGUUGUUCCAGAGCAGUUGGGACAAGGGGAAGAGGAUAUCGGAACUUGACCGUGAUUUCAUUGAGCUUCCGGUAAACGAUGCAGGUCUCAGGCCGCCGUCCUUCUUAGCCACAAAGAAGAAACUGGAAGCAGCAGGGGAGGUAGAUGGAACUAUGUACCCUUGGAGUAAUGCCUCCUCAAUUUACUCCUGAUCAAUAGUGAGGGUGCACUGUAGGAGAAAGUCAUUGCACUCCUCCGCCGAACCAGAGAAGUGCGCUGGUCUGGCCAUGGGUCUGGCGAAUACGAUCGGUGAAGAAGUGCUGGUUGUCGUGCGGGUAGAUUGAGGUGCAGGAGCUGAUGGUACCGGUGGUGAAGGUGAUUGAAGUAAUAUUUUCUUCAAGGAGUCCACCAACUCUUGAAAGGGAUCCGAAGAACUCAUUCUGUUUGUCGAUAUAAGCAGGUCCGAUCUUCUGUUACAUAAAUGGCCGGACACAGAGGUAAGUGAAAACCAGUUGGUGUUUAUUGAACAGGAUGAGGCAGACUGAGAGAUGAACUGACGACUGGAGGUGGGUAUUAGAAUUCUUGGGAAACCACUUAAUGGGUGAGACUGGUAGUGACAACUUUCUCUUCCACAGAGUUGCGGGAAAGACGAGACGAGGGAAUCCACAGAGGCACACUGAAUCCGAAGACUGACGAUCUAGGAGGAGAGGAGGACACAAGGAGCAGAGACAGGAGGUAAGGCACAAAGGCCCAUAGUAAGUGCAAAUAAAGAUGUCCGAUUGUGUUGAUGUUGAAGAAAAGCCACCGGCCCCCCCUUUAAGAAUGAACAGUAGUUCCCGUGACCCUUCCUCAGUGCACAGUUCAAAACCACUUCCAAUGGCUCCAGAGGAGAAGAACAAGAAAGCCCGUCUCAGGUCCAUCUUUCCAGGGGGAGACAAAACCAAUAAAAAGAAAGAGAAAGAGCGUCCAGAGAUAUCCCUGCCCUCUGAUUUCGAGCACACCAUCCAUGUAGGCUUUGAUGCAGUAACAGGGGAAUUUACUGGUAUUCCAGAGCAAUGGGCUCGGUUAUUGCAAACCUCUAAUAUUACUAAGUUGGAACAGAAGAAAAACCCUCAGGCUGUAAUAGAUGUUCUCAAGUUCUACGACUCCAAAGAGACAGUCAACAACCAGAAAUACAUGAGCUUCACAUCAGGAGAUAAAUCCACUCAUGGUUACAUUGCAGCCAAUACUCUGAAUCGCCUCCUGUCUUCCGGGCCACCUGUCAGCCUAAGAACCUGCAGCGCAUUAUUUGACAAGCAAGGGGCUAAGACAACUUCUGAAUCUCCUAUUGCACCUCCGGUGUCUGAAGAAGAAGAUGAGGAAGAGGAGGAUGAAGAGGAAGAAGUAGAUGAAGAUGAUGAUGAUGAUGAUGAUGAUGAGCUUCCACCCAUCAUUGCCCCACGUCCUGAGCACACCAAAUCUAUCUUCACUCGCUCUGUUAUUGAGUCAGCUGCACCUCCUGCUUCUGUCAAAGAGGUCACGACCCAUCCAGAGUCUCAAGUACAGCCAGAGAACACAUCCAGUAUGCUGUACCGUCACACUGACCGACAGAGGAAGAAGUCCAAGAUGACAGAUGAGGAAAUACUGGAAAAACUCAGAAGCAUUGUUAGCGUUGGUGAUCCCAAGAAGAAAUACACACGUUUUGAGAAAAUAGGACAAGGGGCAUCUGGGACAGUAUACACAGCUAUCGACAUUGCCACAGGACAAGAGGUGGCAAUCAAACAGAUGAAUCUGCAGCAGCAGCCAAAGAAAGAGCUCAUUAUUAACGAGAUCCUUGUGAUGAGGGAAAACAAAAACCCCAAUAUAGUCAACUACCUGGACAGUUAUCUAGUAGGAGAUGAGUUGUGGGUGGUGAUGGAAUAUUUGGCAGGUGGUUCACUUACUGAUGUGGUAACAGAGACAUGCAUGGAUGAGGGACAGAUUGCUGCAGUGUGCAGAGAGUGUCUACAGGCUCUGGAUUUCCUCCAUUCUAAUCAGGUGAUUCAUAGAGAUAUCAAGAGUGAUAACAUUCUGCUGGGCAUGGACGGUUCAGUGAAACUGACGGAUUUUGGGUUCUGUGCUCAGAUCACACCUGAGCAGAACAAGCGUAGCACCAUGGUGGGCACACCCUACUGGAUGGCCCCAGAGGUUGUAACCCGGAAAGCCUAUGGUUCCAAAGUAGACAUCUGGUCCCUGGGUAUCAUGGCUAUUGAAAUGGUGGAGGGAGAGCCACCAUACCUGAAUGAGAACCCACUCAGGGUAAGACCUUUAUAUAGCAAGAUCAUACUCUUUUUUUUUUUUUUUUUUUCAUCAAAACAAUCCUAAAUACAGUAAUUCCUAAAACAAACUGAAGCUGCUUAGCCUU